AUGGUUAUGGGGAGAUCACUAGGCACCAACGCCAUGCAUCUCGGGACUUACGUCCUAUCACAGGACCCUAGAAAGAAGAGGACAAAGAUAAUGUCCCCAUGGGUGUCGAUCCAAAUGAUGACAGGGCCCAUGAACAGCAACAUUGUCAGGAACGCUUUUGAGUUUCGCGAUUCAAACUAUGAAAUGAUACUCUUUCCCGUGCACCAAGAGAAUAUAGCGCAGCCGGGCGGCGAUGGCCACUGGUUCACAUUUGCUGUAAAUAUUCUAGAUAAGAAGUUUCAAAUCAUAGACUCUCUAAGGAACAGCGACAAUGCUGAAUUGAGAUGGAAAACCAAUCAGGUGUAUGCAAAAGUGAUUACCCUAUGGAACAAGUACACAUCUAAGGUUCAGGGGUGCAAGAUUCCCACCAUUUACAACUUCGAGACGCAGUUCAUUGAGGGGUACAAGCAAUUCGGGAUUCAUGACUGCGGUCUGUUCACCCUCAAGGCUAUAGAGCACUGGGAUGGACACAACCUCCCAAAUAUGAUGGAGUUUGAUGAAAUGAAGCUGAGGAAGCGAGUUCUUCAUAUGUGGUUUCAUAGCCCGGCCAACAAGCUAGAGAAUAAGACUGAACUAUUCUCAAAGGGAAAGGGAAAGAUGGCAAAUCAGUAGGCUAGGAGCGGAGUGGGGAAGGGGAGGAGAGAUGUGUGUAUUUUUCACAUGAUGCAUAUACUCUGUAUAUAGAUGCUCCCAUUUUAUUUUUAAUUGAUGC